AUGCACGGACGAAGAUCGGGUGCCGCGGCCCUCCCGGCCACCCUUUUGCCUCUGCUUCUACUUUUCCCGGCAUCGUCUCUCGGCGCUAGUCCGGCGAUAGCAGAUCGAGCUAUGUACAUUCGCGAUGCCGCUCUAGGACUCUCCGCGGCCGCAGCCUGCGGUGACAAGGGUUCUCUUACGCACUGUUUCCGCAAUGUGCCGGAAUACGUCGAGGCCGACGACCUAGAGCGAUGCUUCCGCAACGCCGGCUGCACGAGCGCCGAGUCCACCAUCGAAGCCGCCUUCAUCAUUAACAACUUCCACAACGGCAAGUCCGUCGCCGAGCUUCGACGGCGAGGGCCUGAACCCGUGCCAGCUCCUACACCAGCACCUACACCCGCGCCAGCAGAAACCGGCACAUCAUCCGCAACCGCCACAGGGGGCGUCUUCACACCCACCAUCGAAUGCAGCUCCGAAACCACCACCAAAGCGACCUCCUGCCCCAUCCAAUCCACGGGCAGCGAAUCCGGGCAAACCCUCCCGUGCUUCGAGACCGAAGUCCCGACGUCGGUCUGCAAGGCCGAAAACUUCUGCUCGACGGACAAGGACGGCAACAACCUGUGCAUGCUACGCCACGACACUCUGGACGUCGGCGAGAUCAUCGUCACCGUCUUCCUAGCUACGAUUUUCGGUCUAGGCUUCGCCACCCUUCUGUUUUUCUGCUGCACCGACAAGAUCGCCCAGCGCAAGAAGAAGGCGCGCGCCGAGGCCGCGGCCAUCGCCAAGACGGCUUAUAUGAACGCGGUUGACGAGGAGACUGCUAUCCCGCCGAAGCGUGAGCCUAGCGUAGGAACCGGCGGACAGAAUCCCUUUGCGGAUUCCCCGUACGUGGACGCUUCACAGGAUCCCUCGGGACAUGCUCCGAGCCACCAUUAG